GAAUUACCUGGCAUGUUUUAACUGCGUAGAAUGGAGCAAGCAAGGCGCCCUUUCGCGCAGCACGCGCUAAUCGUGUUGGUCGCAGCGACGGGCAUGGCGGCCUAUGGGCUGCUUGGGCUGCUAGGAAAGCCGCUACGUAUAAGAGCUCGUCGUAAGACACUUCGAGAACAGGCCACAGCGGCAGCGGACAAACGUGGAACUCCGCUUGGGCGCAUCGUGGCACGGUGUGAGGCGAGAUGGCUUCUGGAAGACUUGAAGGCAGCGCUGCAAGGCGACGCCGACGCGGUGGAGCGCGUGGGCGGCAUGCUCACUGCGGGCUACGGCGUGCGAAGUGAGCACCCGGAGGAGGUGGCCGCCUGGACGCGGGAAGCCAUGUCGCUGCAAUCUUACAAGGAGCCAGCGCACGCGCCAGCCACUGCCCCGGCCAGCCGUGCUUCUUGGGCCCACGGCUCCGCGUUUGCCGCGCGCCUCGCUUCCCCGGAUGAAGCAGCCGCGGCCGCGGGCGUGGCUGCUGCCCCAGCAUUCGACAGCGAUGGCGGGGGCUCUUGGGCGUGCAGCGAGCCAUCCUCAGAAGACGAGGAAGAUGCGGAGGAGGCGGCGGAGGUGCAGACUGCCGCCGCCUCUGCUGCAACGUCGACGGCGGCGGCACCUGCGUGGCGCCCGCGGCGUCACAGCGGCUCAGGCGUGUGGGGCGCCAGCUGCGGCGGCUCUUUACUCGCACCUCCAAUGCUGGCUGCAGCAGCAACAUCACUGGCAGCAGUAGCAUCAUCAGCAGCGGGCGCUGCAGGAGCAGAGUGGGAAGGCGGAGGCGGAGGCGGAGGGGCAGGGGGGCCGUGCGGCUGGAAGCGGGGUCGUGGUCUGGGUGCCGGCGGCGCCAGCAGCAGCGAACGCUGCGGUGGAGACGCGGACAAAGACGAGGGCCGCUCUCAGCUCGCAGUCAAGGUGAUGGCGCCGGCUGCAGCGGCGACGGUGGACGCGCAUGCGACGUUGGGCCUUCGUGACGGCAUCGGGGCUCCUUCUAGCGCAGCCGCCAGCAGCGCACCUGGUGUCUUCGGCAGCGGCGGUGGCGGCGGCGGCGCUGAUGGGCGGUCGAGAGCCACUGACGCACGUGGCAGUAGCACCGGCGGUGGCGAUAGCCAUGGAUGCUUAACGGGGCAGGCGGGCCGCCGGAGAGGUGCGGCAGAGGCAGCAAACAUGGCGGACAGUGCCAGUGACGACAGCUGCGGCUGCAGCGGCAGCAAGAGCAGUAGCGAGGGCAGCAGCGAGAGGCACAGCGGCUCGGCGCAAGAGCAUGAGCAGGGGUACCGGGGCGGGGCGGGCGACGCCGCCGCGACGCGUCGAGGUCCGCGGCGGCUUGCACGCCGCAUGUCUCUGGAUGACUCAUGGCGCUUUAGCGGCGGCGGCAGUGGAAUUGGCAGUGAUAGCAGCGGCGGGGAGGAUGCGCGGCAUAGCGGCUCAGCGCAAGUUGGCAGCGCCGGCGGGCAAGCGCUCCCCACGGGUCCGACAGUGAUCUACCCUUGGUGAGCGUAGAGAUGAGCAGACAGCGCUGGCAGUAGGCAGGGGCGGGGAGGAAUGGGGGAUCGUGUGGCGGUGCCGUGCGCAGUAGCAUGCACCUUCCACGCACUUGGCUGCAACGGUGGGGGCUACCAGAACCAGACCCAGAGUCCAAGCGAAGCGCGCUGGGCUGUACUGUCAGUUGCUGGAAAUUGUACGUUCAUCGUAGGCCAUCCGGCCGGUCUUGGACAGGGACGCAGGGUAACCAGUGUGGGCGUGUGGGCGCACGUAAAUGUGUACACAUGCGUGAGGAGAUAAGGAGGCAGUGGUAAUCUGAGUGGUAAUGUUGGCCAUGCAAUUGCGUCACUGUGAGCAGGACACCCUGACUGCGUGAGUGUCACAGGCUGAUGACAUGCGUUGCAAUAGCUAAGCUCCAGCUAAGAUGUGGGCUGCUUGGCCUCGUGUCGGUGUCAUCACAAGCAUGCCAGCUGACGCCAUAGCGCCACGUUGCAAUCAAUGCCAAAUUGGCAACACGGCAUGUUGCGACUGACCGACUGUGAUCCUGUAACAGCGAACCUGC